UCCAUCGCUUAAGUAUAUAAGUAAAAACUAACUAACAUCGGCUGUUAUGCUGAAGUAGUGCGGGGAGUCGAUAGUCUAACACCUUGAAGCCAGGAGUCAUUUACAGCAAUUGCAUGAGUUAGGAUCACUUGUUGCCAAUCACUUCGUAAAUACACAUUUAUCAGUAACGGUGUCAGAAACCGGCCUCGAAGACACCAGCCAGCGUCGCAGGUGAAAGUCGCAGACGCAUAACUUGCUUCAACUAACGCGAACGUUCGCAAUAGUGUAGUUCGUCGAGUGCGAUUUUCUUUUGUCAAAUCCCAAACAAAUAAACAAAGGGUGCGUCAUUAUCACGUCUAACGAAGCGCACUCGAGGCUAGUCGGUGGUCGGCUGAUAGUGUGUGGUGUAGGCGCGGGCGCACGGGCACCGUUUGGCUUCAGUCGCGAACAUGUGGACAACGUGCGCCAUCGUAGCCGCCGUAGCGACACUCGCUGCGGCCGCAGACAUCGCUACUAACCUGAACCUGGAUGUGAACAAUACACUGCCAGUGCCAGCUGAACAAAAUGACACACUACCUGCAGAACAGUUUUUCAUUGACAAGAUAUUCGAUAAAUAUGGAGAUAAGGGCGUAAUCACAUUUGAGGGCUUCGAGCAUCUUAUGGACAGCCUUGGGCUCGGCGGCAGGGUUUUCAACUCGCCUCACGACGUGGCCCUUCACCGCGUCAACGGAUCCUUCCGCCAACUUCAUGACCAACAGCACCGGCAUAAAAGAUCACCAAAACCUACAGCUGAUCCUACGCUACAGAAGUCAUGCCUAUCGCCAAGGAAGAUGCUGGAAGUGUACGGAAUAGAAAGCGAACCCGGAGUGAUCACCAUCAACCCGAAGACUUUCCUGGAGAUGUGUCCAGCAUUGGUGUACCAACUGGAUCAACGCACGUGUUUCAAAUCAGAAGCACCACCUCCUCAGAUUGAAAGACAUUGGACUUGGAUCUAUGCGAGCUUGAGUAUUUUAGUCAUCAGCGCCACCGGUUUACUCGGAGUGGCGAUAGUUCCUCUUCUUAAAUCCGUUAUGUUCAGCUACGUUCUCCACUUUCUGGUUGCAAUAGCCGUCGGAACGCUGUGUGGAGACGCCUUACUUCAUCUAUUGCCACACGCUCUUAAAUCACACGGGUCUUCUUCUGAACCGCAAGAAGAAACUGAAGUCGUCCUCAAAUGCAGCGUGACUUUCCUGACUAUUUUGUUUUUCUAUACUGUUGAAGCUGUCAUGCAAACCCUGCAUGGAGGUCAUAAACAUUCACACGAUCAUUCCCAAGGAAAAACGGUGGAAGAAAUGAAAGCAGAAUCAGCUAAACAAAUCGAACCUAUCGAAUUAGGAGCUAUGAUGCCAGGUUCUCCGCCACCACCUGCAGAACGCCCAAUGACAUCAACGGCACUAAUGGUUAUAGUAGGAGAUGGAUUACACAAUCUUACCGAUGGUUUAGCUAUCGGUGCUGCGUUUAGUGGCGAUCCAGUAACAGGAUUUGCGACAGCUCUAGCUGUCUUCUGCCACGAGUUGCCCCACGAGCUCGGAGAUUUUGCCGUGCUUCUUCGCUCCGGCAUGAGCAUUAAACGCGCUUUAUAUUACAAUUUAUUGUCAUCUGUUCUUAGUUUUAUGGGUAUGGCUGGCGGUAUUUGGUUAGCGGAGGACCACGAAUCCGCUUCACAGUGGAUUUAUGCUGCAACUGCUGGAACCUUCUUCUACAUUGCUUUAGCUGACCUAGUACCGGAGAUAAACGAAAAUAAUCAUGGAAGAAGUAUUAACUUACUGUUAGCAGUGUUAGGUUUCCUCGCCGGGGGCGUUAUCAUGUUGCUUAUAGCCAUGCAUGAAGACUCAAUACAAUACCUCUUUAGGAGCUCAGAACAAUGAAUCUUGAGCAGUAAUAUAAUAGGUACUUCAUUAUUGUGAUAAAAACUCAUGGUUGUUGAAAAUGCUAGCAGGUAUUGCCAGUAAUAGCUAUUAAUUUUAGUUAGUAAUGAGUUUAAUUUUUUCGGGUUUUUAAUGAAUAACAGAACUCAUAAUAGUUCCAACAUUCUAAAGAGCCAGCACCAGGUAAGAUAUAAAAUAUAUCUAUGCCAAAUUUUGUCUCCCAACACUAAGUAGUUUCGGUCGACGCUCUUUCAGUAACUCAUAUGUACUUGAAUAAAGCUACACUUUAGUUAGUUGGACUGUUGAGCACAUAAAAGAACAACAUUGGAGCUAUAUCCAAAAAAUGUUUUUUUUUUUAAAUAGUACCAUAAUAAACUGUUACGUAAAUAAUAUAGAAUGAAAAACGACAUUAUUUGAAAGGCUUUUCAGUAAAUUUUACGAACUGAAUCAAAUUUUAUGAGCCUAUUGUUAUUCUUUCAUCAAAUCAGCAUAUAUCAUCAUAAACUGAAACAAAAUUAACACUGGCAACAGUUUAUUUAUAUAGUUACAAUCGUAACUUUUCAAAUAAAUAUUUCCAUAAAGAGGAUCUAUUUAGAAGGUUCUUUUAAAUGGCACUAUUGCCAAGUUUGGGAGACUUCAUGGGUAUAUUAUAGGUGCGUUAUGUAGAAAGUAGAAAAGUAGAUACAUUCCACACAGUCUUCCAACUUUUAAUUAGAGUUAAGAUGUAUCUAAGUAAUUAUAGGUUUUGAUGUUAAUCAUAUUGAACAUGGAAAAUUUGGUUAAUUUAACCCUCAAUAUAAAUAAUUUGCCCUAAAAUGUUUAUAAGGUUGAAUUGGUUUAACCCUCAAUAUAAAUAAUUUGCCCUAAAAUGUUUAUAAGGUUGAAUUGGUUUAACCCUCAAUAUAAAUAAUUUGCCCUAAAAUGUUUAUAAGGUUGAAUGCGAUUUCUUUUAAAUUAUUUUCAGGAAUAAAGUUAUUUCAUUUUUGUUCCAAAUAUUCCAUGUCGCUUAAUAUCUAGAUACAUACCUGCCCAUCUAAAAUUUACGUAAGUAAAUCUACGUAAUAGAUUAUUCAUUCAAGAACGCUCAAGAGUCUAAAGAACCUAGGUCAAACAUACAACUUAGAUUUGGUACAUAUUUUAAAACAUACGACGCAUAUAAUAUACCUAGGUAUACUUGUUUCAUCAAGAGAAAUGAUACUCGUAAUACUGUUUGUGUAAACUAGGUACUCUACCUACAAUAAAUUGGUGAGCUCUAAACAUAUCGAAUAGAAUUUUAGAAUAUAAAUAAAUAUAAUUUAAUUAUUAUUGAUAAUAUAAGUAAUUUAUAAGAAUAGUCAUAAGAAUAAAAAAUAAAGUGAAAUUUAGUAAAUUAAUAA